ACGAAAAGUUUUUGAAACGUCAAAACUUUCUCCUAAGUUUUCUCUUCAGUAAUUUGAUUAUAAAUCUAAUUAUUUUACUUCAGCACUUAUCCUUUAAUAUUUUCCUAUAUUAACAAUGGCACGUUACUUCAAAGAACAAGAUAUUGAUGAAUUCAGGGAAUGUUUCUACCUAUUCGCUCGGUCUGGACAGAUCACAUCAUUGGAUGAACUGACAGUUGUCAUGCGCUCCCUCGGGAUGAGUCCUACGAUACAGGAACUGACAGGUUACCUAAAAGGCAAAGGGGGUAAGAUGUCGUUUGCAGACUUCCUAGAAGUAAUGCAUAUACAUUCGCGUGCUGAAAAUCUUCCUAAUGAGGUUGUGAACGCAUUCCGCGCGGCUGACCCUGACAAGAAGGGUGUCGUCCCCGCGCGACAGCUUCGCAAUCUGCUGCAAAAGUGGGGAGAAGGACUGUCACAACGGGAGGUUGACAACAUAUUUAGAGAGGCGAAUGUGUCCAAUAAUGGUACGGUAAGGUAUGAAGAUUUUGUUAAAAUCGCCUGCGCUCCUGUUCCAGAUUACUAUUGAUUUAUAUUCUACAAUAUUUUAUUAUAACUACAAAUACAGUAUAAUCUCAGUAAUCCGGCACCUCCAAUAAUCCGGCACACUCCGCCCACGUCUCUCGCCCCUCUAUACCUGUGCGCUUCGUCUGCGUCGUCGACCAGUCUAACCUCGAAACUUUUUUCAACUGCGAAUACUUUAUAGUUAAAAAUUUCAAAUAACGCAAACACGAGACACUAUUUGAAUAAUAAAAUUUACAUUACUGAUGGCUUUUUUUACUAUAAUCCAGUAAUCCGAAUUCCAAUAAUCCGGCACCCUCCGGUUUUUAAUAGUGCCGGAUUAGUGAGAUCAUACUGUACAUAUUUAUUGUAGUUUUUUUUAAACGUAAAUUCACCAUUAUUCUUAUCAUUUGACUUGCAUUCCUUUAUUUUAUU